UCAUCCCGUUGUGCCGUUCUCACUGAUGCCAAUACAGCAUGCUAUCUGCUGGAGAUGCCUUCCGCGGUGAACGUGGCCUCACAUACCGCUUGGUACGCCCAUUGGGGUCCGAUUCUCGCAACAACGUCUGGUAUGCGGUCGACGCAUCUCGCGAAACGAGCCAGUACAUCGCAAAAGGACCCUCCGACGGCGAUGACAAGUCCCGCGAAUGGCCGGCAUUCCAACACGAACUCGACAUGCAGAAGCUCUAUGUCAAAGCGCCCACGAUCCGAGAGCUCGUCGACUUCGUCCCUAGCUCUGAGUGGCCGGUCCCCUGAUGAUCCUUGA